CACUAACAAAGUAACAAUGUGCCAGAAACCUUUGUCUCCUGUCUACACCAAAUGCAACGCAACAAACCAACCCGACAUGUUCACCCCAUUUCUCCCCAAAACCCCAACACCAUACCAAACCCACGACCCCCACGAAAAAACCCACCUCUCCCUAGCCCUCAAAGAAUCAAAAUCCAUAGCCAGCAUAGCUCUUCCAAUGAUACUCACGGGCCUCUUACUCUACUCCCGCUCCAUGAUCUCCAUGCUCUUCCUCGGCCGCCUCGGCGACCUCGCCCUGGCCGGCGGGUCCCUCGCGGUCGGCUUCGCCAACAUCACCGGCUACUCCAUCCUCUCCGGCCUCGCCAUGGGAAUGGAACCCAUCUGCGGCCAGGCCUUCGGCGCACAAAAACACGCGCUCCUCGGAAUCUCAUUGCAAAGAACGGUCCUCCUCCUCCUGCUCACCUCGUGCCCAAUUGCCCUGCUCUGGCUGAACAUGAAACCAAUCCUCCUCUUCUGUGACCAAGACGAAUCCAUAGCCGCACAAGCCCAACUCUACCUCCACUACUCCCUUCCCGACUUGCUAGCCCUUUCUUUUUUGCACCCAUUACGGAUUUACCUUCGAGCUCAAUCCAUAACCUUACCACUGACACUCUGCGCCGCAAUCACAACGAUUCUUCACGUACCCAUUAACUAUUUCUUCGUCACGAAUCUCAAUCUCGGUAUCAAAGGUGUUGCCAUUAGCGGGGUCCUGAUCAAUUUCAUUCUCGUCACUUUGUUAAUCGCAUACAUAAUUUUUUCCGGAAUAUACAAAAAGACGUGGGGAGGCCUAUCCACAGAAUGCCUAAGAGGGUGGAAAUCGCUGCUUGAAAUGGCGGUUCCGAGUUGCGUUUCGGUGUGUUUGGAAUGGUGGUGGUACGAAAUCAUGAUUUUGUUGUGUGGGUUGCUAGUGAACCCCAGAGCGACCGUCGCUUCCAUCGGGAUCCUGAUGCAAACGACGUCGCUCAUCUACAUAUUCCCGUCUUCUCUCGGCUUCAGCAUGUCAACACGCGUGGGAAACGAAUUGGGUGCAGGAAAUCCACUCAAAGCGAAGCUGGCCGCAAAAGUCGGCCUGUGUUUUAGCUUCGCUUUGGGAUUUUUUGCCCUGUUUUUUGCAGUUAUGGUGAAGAACACGUGGGCCUCGAUUUUCACGCAGGAUAAAGAAAUCAUAGCGCUGACGUCACUGGCUUUACCCGUAAUUGGGCUAUGUGAGUUGGGUAAUUGCCCACAAACGACUGGGUGCGGGGUUUUGAGAGGAACAGCGAGGCCGAAAAUCGGGGCGAAUAUCAAUUUGGGUUGCUUUUAUUUGGUCGGAAUGCCGGUGGCGGUCGGGUUGGGGUUUUGGGCCGGGUACGACUUUUUGGGCCUGUGGUUGGGGAUGUUGGCGGCCCAGGGGUCGUGUAUGGUGACCAUGUUGGUCGUUUUGGGUCGGACUGAUUGGGCGGUUCAGGCGGAGAGGGCUAAAGAGUUGACGGCGGGUGGUGUCGUGAUUGAUGAUGUCAGCGAAGAAAUUGAGAAAGACAAGAAGCCAGUCGAAGGUGAAAUCAAGGAUGAUACUUCUUAUUUAUUUGGUGGUGAUUUAGUUUAG